GAAGAAUAAUGACGGCCUGUCGGGCCGUUAACACCGCUACUAGUGUAGUCCAGUAACUAGCCAAUCGUGAUCGACGGGCGCUUCAUUACAUAGUCGCACUCUCGCACUCGCACUCCUCCGACGACCAAAAGCUCAAAAGCCGAGUAGUCUCCAUGAUUUCGGCGUUCUUCAUAUUCAAUCAGAAAGGAGAGGUUCUCAUUUCGCGAUUGUACCGAACGGACCUCAAACGCUCCAUUGCCGACGUCUUUAGGAUACAAGUCAUUUCCAACAGUGAUGUUCGUUCACCGAUCAUCACGCUUGGGUCUACCAGUUUCUUUCAUGUCCGAAUUAACAACUUGUACAUAGUUGCGGUCACAAAGUGCAAUGCCAACGCGGCAUUGGUCUUCGAGUACUGCUACCGCUUCAUUGCGAUCGCCAAGUCUUACUUUGGCAAGGUCGACGAAGAGUCUGUGAAGAAUAACUUCGUUUUAAUCUAUGAGCUUAUUGACGAGAUCAAUGACUUUGGCUACCCACAGAAUAGCGAGAUUGAUACCCUGAAGAGUUACAUCACAACGGAGAGUGUGAUGUCGACAAGUAUACCGGCUGAGGAAUCCUCCAAGAUCACGACCCAAGCAACAGGAGCUAUCAGCUGGAGACGAGGUGACGUCAAGUAUAAGAAGAACGAAGCCUUCGUAGAUGUCGUUGAAACCGUCAAUCUCAGUAUGAGUGCCAAGGGCACCAUCCUCCGCGCAGACGUUGAUGGUCACAUAUUGAUGCGUGCUUAUUUGUCUGGAACACCCGAGUGCAAGUUUGGGUUAAAUGACAAGCUAGUGAUUGAUAAGAAUGAACGGGGGAUUGGGGAUGCCGUGGAAUUGGAUGAUUGUCGAUUCCAUCAAUGCGUGAGGUUGGACGAGUUUGAUUCCACUCGAACGAUUAGCUUCAUUCCGCCCGAUGGGGAGUUCGAGUUGAUGAAGUAUCGGUCGACGUCCAAUGUCAAGUUGCCGCUGAGGGUUAUCCCCACCGUCAACGAAAUCGGUACCUCACAAGUAUCAUAUGUCGUAACAGUGAAGACGAACUUCAGCAACAAGCUAUCUGCGACGAACGUUGUCAUUCGAAUACCCACACCACUCAACACAACUAGUGUGGAUACCAAAGUCGCUAGUGGGAAAGCGAAGUAUGUUCCCGCAGAGAACGUCGUCGUAUGGAAGGUUCCUCGUAUUCAAGGAGGCCAGGAAAUCUCCUUGUCUGCAACUGCGCACCUGACAAGCACCACUCAUCGACAGGUCUGGGCUCGACCUCCGAUCGAUGUUGACUUCCAAGUCUUGAUGUUCACGGCUUCCGGUUUGAUCGUCCGUUUUUUGAAGGUGUUCGAGAAGAGCAAUUAUAAUAGUAUCAAGUGGGUACGAUACCUGACCAAGGCGAGUGGAUCAUAUCAAAUUCGAUUCUGAUAAUGUGAGAUGUGUAGUGAUCUUGUUGUAUAGUUAUUUAUUCGGGCUGGAUAUAUCUACUCUACACCACAAUAUGAUACCUGUUUAUUGCACGUCUGUAUCUGUGGGAUGGAUUAACCUUACACAUGAACGCAGGGGAGAACGAUCGUGUGUCGAUCAUGGCACCCUUCUAAACCUUCUAA